UGCGCGUUUCGGCUACAGUUGGUAUUGGAACAGUUUCCGGUGCCAUACAAUUCUGAAUGGACUCAUUGGACUACUCCGGUAUCUCAGCCCUCGGGAGGCCGGAGCAGCGUAAAAUCUUUUGGACAAGGAGUACGAAGUGAUUGGAUCCUUGUGUGCGCGCGUUGGUUGCCAUCGCAACGAAAGCACAGAACCAGAGACGAGAGCGAUGGUUGUUCUUCACCUUGGCCAUCGCUGCAUCUGGCAAAUUGCCCGAGGUGGACCGAGAGGCAAUCAAAUCCAUCAAUGUCAGGAUCACUUGUCGAAGGAGCUGCAAGGAAGGUCGCCCUGAUUAUGGGCAUCGCCAACCAGCGCUCAAUCGCAAUGGGUUGCAUGGAAACAUUUCUGCGGAAGGGUGACUGGGAUGUGAUACUGACCGUUCAAAACGAACGAAACCAAUCCAAGCUACGAAAACUUCUCGAAGGCAGGAGUCACAACGGCGGUGGCGGAGGAGGCAGGAUAUUGGGAGAAUUCAUUUGUGACGUCACCGAUCCAAGGUCCACCGACUUGUUUUUUCACGAAUGUUUGCCGGAGGCUCUCGACCGGUCGGAUCGAACCCUCCGAUCGGUGAUUCAUUCCAUUGCCUUUGCCCCCGAUCUGCGAAAGCCCUUGCUGGAAACCAACCGCGAAUCCUUUCUAAACGCCCACGAAAUUUCUGCGUAUUCGCUGAUUCAGGUCGCCAGAGAAUCAAUUCCGUACCUCGGAAGGAAUGGUCGUCAAGACGUCGUAGUAAACGAAAGCGAUAGCAGCAGUGCGAGUGGCAGCAUUACAACACUGUCCUAUCUGGGUGCCGAUCGAGCCAUCCCGGGCUACCACUCGAUGGGUCCUGCGAAGGCUAGCUUGGAGAGCACCGUUCGUGGGUUGGCAUUGGAAUUGGGCCAGCACAGAACAACGAGCGGGCCGAUUGUCCGAGUCAAUGCCGUCCGGGCCGGACCGAUCCCAACACUCUCCAGCAAGGGAGGGAUUCAAAACUUUGAGCGCAUGCGUUGCGAUGUGCAACGCACGGCACCCCUUGGCAAUGUAUCGGUCUCGCAAGUGGCUGCAACGGUCUAUCACGUGGCUGCCGAAGCAGACGGCAUGACGGGACAAACGAUCGAAGUAGACGGGGGUUAYUCGGUGGUGGCGGGGCCACCUGUACUGCCAACUGAUAAYGCAUGAAUCAUUGGCUACCCAUAAGAUUGAGCCGCGCGAAGAUUGGGCUAGACACGCAUACAACGAUGCCCAAUGCAAUAUAGAAAUUGGAAGACU